CUUGCGUCCGAAGAAACGGUCUUGGAAAUUGGUAUCGCGGAGUGCUCGCGAUACACUCUAUGAGCAUCCUUCGUACAGUCCUUGUGUAACGCGAUCAUUUCGCUCGCAUAAAUUGUUGUAGAAGAGAGGGAAAUGUUUGUGGUAAUCAGGCAAGUUAUACGUGAAGCCACGAUUCAUAGUUCCGCAUAUCCGAAACUUAGUUCUUCCGACUAACAUCAUCCCUUAGAAAUUGAUGCGAAAGUAUGCAACAGAAUGGAAUCCUUGCAAUCGGCAAUAAUGAUGUGGCGGUCCUUCUUUGCACAUGCUCAUCUUCUCCGUUUCUAUUCUAGUACAAGUACUCGGCCUCGAAGAGUCAUUCCAAAGGCAUUUAACUUCACUGAUCUGUUUCUGAGCUUCCUUGCCUGACCAGCAUGCACACCUCAUUCUUCACCGCACUCGCUGCGCUUGCCACAGUUGCCACUGUUGUUGUUGGUGCAAUCCCUUAUGAUUGUACCCGCAAGACAACAGUUAAAGCUGGAGAUACAUGUGCCAAAAUCUCCGUUGCACAGAAAGUCUCAACAUACCAGCUGAUGACAGUUAACAAAGGCAUCAUUGACACCGCUUGUCAUCUGCAUGUCGGAGAAGAAAUAUGCCUUGGAAUUAGAUACCAAGACUGCACUGACGUCCAUGUAGUGAAGAACGGCGAGAAUUGCGUCGGAAUUUGCAAAGCAGCUGGUAUCUCGCUGUCCACAUUGUAUACGAACAACCAAAACUUAUUUAGGGACUGCAGUUUUGUAUUACCCGGCGAUGUUCUCUGCGUUUCGAAGCACCUUUACUACUCACCAGAUGGUAUUCCCCCAGUGUAAGGAAUGUCACUCCGCUAGCUACGGAAUUCCCUUUGUACUCCCGGCUAUGGACUUUCCCUUGUACCGGUUCGAAGUGUCAC